AUGCUCAGUGCAUGGGUGCUGACGUUGAUGGCAACAUGUGGUGCUUUGGGAGCUCAAUUUUUGAAUAUGGCAAGAUGCACUUCCUCAACAAUUAUUGAUGAUGCUACCAUCAAUGGACAUUAUUAUGAUGGUAGUGGCCUAACAGUUGAUGAUGUCUACAUUUCUGGGGUUCUGCAUCCAGAGUGCUUUGUCUCUGCCGGAGCAGUGGUUCCUGGCAACGAAAAUGGUCCAUUGAAAGCCUUGACGAGGAGUGGGGAAACUGCCACUACUACACCACACUACCGUACUCCUGGUAUCCUCAGCGGCAACGCAGCUGUGGUUUCUAGUGUUACUAUGGAAAUUGAAGUCUAG